AACCUGCCAUUGUAAAAGGAGAACCCAAGCAAUUCUAUACUUAAUCAAAGAAUAUUAUUACGAGAUUAUAUCUUUCUGGUUCAUAUUACGUUCUUGGUCCGCCAUUUGAUCGGGUUAAUCCCAUCAUUGGUGCUUUCAUUGAGAGAAACUGUGAGAUAAAGUUGCGAGAUUAUGGCCAGACGAAGGUCGAGGCGUAACACCGCUGCUUCCGCCCAGUCGACGGUCAGGAGUGACCAUCCCGAACAAGGCUCUCCCUGGCCCAUCCUCCAGGAGCUUCAUGAUUCGGAGGAGGUCGAGAGGGAGAGGCAGGCCAUCGCUAGGCGCUGGGCGGAGGAGAUGGCCCGGAAUAAUAGGGCGAAUGGAGAUCGGACUAGGGUUGUGAGCCAAGUCAUUGGUAACGGAAACGACAACCCGCGGGGAACCGUUUUUGAAAGGAUAUCUCACCAGAGGGCUCACGCGUGUGAGAGGCUGGGAAGAAUCCGGACAAAGCACCCCAGGGUUGGGUACGACCCCAGGCCAGCCAAGUGGCUUCAUCUAACCGCGAACCUCGGCAGCGAGCCGGCCGCGGUGGGAGCCAAGCGCCAGUGCGGUCGUUGGUGGUCUUGGACGAGGAGGAAGUUCAGAGCCAAGUCAGGGUCCCAGCACCGCAAUGUGAUGAUUGCCGUCGAUGCCAGCGACGCAUUGAUGUGCCGGUACUUCUUGCAGACAGUUGAUAGCAAGGUUGCGGAUUGGGUGAAUCACAUUCCUGCCAGAUCGAUCCGGAAAUGGGAUGAAUUGAGAUUGCGGUUCUUAGAGCAUUUUGCAGGAAACUGCCGUCCUAAGAAGCAUUUCACUCACCUAACUUCAGUGCGGCAGAAGCACCGAGAAUCCUUGAAGAAUUUCCUUAUCCGUUGGAGGAAAGAGUCCAGGGAAGUUGAAGGAACCGAUGAUAAAUCUAGGUUAGCCAUGUUCACGGCGGCAUUGCAGGACGGUCUCCUUCAUAGUGGUCUUACAACUCAUCCCCCGGAUACCUUCGAAGAAGCAAUGGUCCGGGCCGGGAGGUAUGUGACCCUGGAGGAGAGGAAGGAGGAGAAGAAAGAGAAGACUCCUAAAGAAGAAGAAAAGGUUGGAAAUAAGAAGCCUUUCAAGAACAAGAAGCAAGGUUUCCCGAAUGGCCCAAAAGGAACAAAUCCUGGGACCUCGGAGAAGCACAAAUCUGCCAAUCCAGUCUUUACAUUACCGGUGGCUGAGGUCAUGGCCCAUGCUGCACAAAUCUAUUGUGCUAUCAGUACUCUGAUUGUGAGGGAAGAGAAUGGGGCCCAACAUCCGGUCUACUACGUCAGCAAGACCUUGAGAGAUGCGGAGUUAAGGUAUUCCCAUCCAGAAAAGGUCAUGUUAGCGGUCUUCUGGACGGCGAAGAGAUUAACCCCGUACUUUCAGGCACACCAGAUUGUUGUGCUCACUAAUGAGCCUUUGGCGUCACUUACCCGGAGCCCGGCGGCAUCUGCCCAGUUGACCAAGUGGGCGGUCUUCAUCAGUCAGUACAAUGUGGAGUUCAGACCGCGACCAUCGAUCAAAGGGCAGGCACUCGCUGAUUUCCAGGUUGAGUGCACCGCCAGGGAGAUGACAAGAGCCCAGGCUAGGCUUCGAGUUUCAUCAAGCAUGUAUAGACCGAACAACCACCCUAAGUCUGCCACAGUUAGGUUCAACAGUCGACCCACCAGCGUGAAUGUGAUCUUCGUAGUGGAGGUGACCUCGGCUGCUGACUUUGCUUCUUCUUUGUCAUUGAGGAAGCGGAGAGAGCAUAGAAACUCAAUGGUGGCUUCCAGGCUAGCUGGUGCAUGCAAGAACAGUAGGAUUCUCCAUUUUGGGUCAUCCAAUAGUAGGGAGUUGGAUGGUGCCAUGGAGUGGGGGUUACAAAAUGAUGAAGCAAGGGAUAUGAAGAGGGAGAGAUCUAUAUAUUAGAGGGGGAAUUAAUGGUGAGUUAAGCCUCUUAAUGGUUCAGAUGUCUGAAUGGUUCAGCACUUAAUGGUUCAGACUGUUUGUUUCAGCCUCUUAAUGGUUCAGAUGUCUGAAUGGUUAAGAGAUUUGCCUCUGAAUGGUUAAGUAUUAUACAGAGUCUGAAUGGUUAAGACCUCUUAUUUGAAUUGAUCAGACAUUUGCCUCUAAAUAGUUAAGCAAUAUACUAGCUCUUAAUGG